AUAAUACUCUGCUCCUGGUGCAAGGCCAUAAGGCAAGGAUCUUUUACUGAAACUCCCAAUAUGCCAGCAGGCUUGCCCAAGUGAGGGAUAGAGUGUAUUUGCCCCAUGACCCACUAUCUUAUGUGCCCCUUGGAUACAAAUAUCCAAUCGUGUAAUAUCUUUUCAGAAGGAUGCACAACCAACCUGCGGCUGUGCUGAACUGCAGCUCUCAGAAUGGCACCUACAACCCACACUUGCAGUUGUUGUUCUACAACAGCUGGAGGGAUGCAGUUUUGAUACCCCCCAGCUGCUUUACGCCUACAUAUUGCUGCAGUGUAACAUAUCAGCAGGCCAUGGGUCAGAGUAGGGGCCUGCAGGGUUGAAGUUGCUUCAAUUCGAGUUGGGUGUCCCUGGCACAGAAACGUGUAAAUAAACUGUUUACGCAGACCUAGAGCUAGGUGCCCCUACUUCUUUCAAACGCAGGAUGGGGACACCUAGUGGUAGGUGCAGGUAGUCGGACUAGUGUAGGGUAGGGGCUAUUUAUGUUAAUUCUUUGAUUGGUUAAAUCGAUCCGAUGCCACUUUACUGCCAGAAGAGUGAGUGUAGGGGCAGUGAAGAGGCGAUAAAACAGAUUCGCAGAGAAAUCUCUAUGUGGGAACGCUGGCACACCUGGUAUGGGGUGCUGAAACCCGUAAGGGGUGCCUUGUUCUGGGGCUCCGAGCUGGAGCCGAUGGGAAAGGGUGCUGCGGUUGGAAUGUGCGGAAAGUCCGCCCCCCUGCGGCAAUCAGCGCCUCUCCUCCUCCUCCUUCUCACAGUCACGGUUUGUUUUUCAUUCAUAACUUUUUCCUUCCUUUCCCGUCUCUCGCUCUCUGAUCAUUCGGAUUCUCUCUCUGUAGCCCUCCCCACCCCAAUCCAUCUCCAUAAUUUGCCCAUUCCGUCUCUUCCGAUUGUCGCACGAUUAGUUAUCCAUUUGGCACACACGGUUUUCAGAUGCAUGCCAAGUUCACGUUGAAUGCCAGAAAUCAAGAUCACUACAGAUGGAGCUACAAAGUCAACAUGGCAUUGGUGGUUCAUUAGUUGUGAUACAGCAGCCAUCUUUGGACAGCCGGCAACGGUUGGAAUAUGAACGAGAAGUUCAGCCAGCGGCUAUCUUGUCCUUGGAUCAGAUCAAAGCUCUUCGGAGCAGGAAUGAGUACACAGAAGGCCCAUCCAUGGUAAAAAAGCCUGGACCUAAAACUGUACCAAGGCACAUUAAGCAGGAACGGACUCAUGAAAUCAUACCAAUCAAUGUGAAUAAUAACAAUGAGCACAGGCCCACUCACUGGGCUCACACGGGACACCCACCUAAUGGAAGGGCUCCUGGGCUCAGCAGGUCUACUAGCACAGGUAGUGCCGCCAGUUCUGGUAGCACAAAUAGUGCUUCCUCUGAGCAAGAACUCUUGGGGCAAUGCCCACCACCCAGAUCAGGCUCUGGUCACAGGACUGAAAGGAUAGUGCGAAUGCAGCCUAAGGCAAGUGCUUUGCCUGCUGAGGACCUAAAGAGCUCAAUAAAAAUGGACUAUUCACAACACCGGUUUAUCUGUGAACAGUGUGGGAAGUGUAAAUGUGGAGACUGCACUGCUCCAAGGACCCUGCCUUCGUGCCUGGCUUGUAACAGGCAAUGUCUGUGCUCUGCAGAGAGCAUGGUGGAAUACAGCACUUGCAUGUGUCUGGUCAAAGCAACUUUCUACCACUGUUCCAAUGAUGAUGAGGGAGACUCGUAUGCGGAUAAUCCUUGCUCUUGUACCCAGUCACAUUGCUGGUCUAGGUACCUCUGCAUGGGGGUAAUGUCCUUCUUCUUACCCUGCUUGCUCUGUUACCCUCCUGCUAAGGGAUGUCUAAAACUGUGCAGAGAAUGUUACGACAGAGUUAAUCGCCCAGGCUGCCGAUGUAAGAACUCAAACACAGUAUAUUGCAAACUGGACGACGUUCCCCGGGGCCAGGGCAAACCCUCCUGACUUUAGAGGAGAGCUUUUCACUUCUCCUUACACAAUGUGGAAAAGAGAGCGUGUGUGUUUUGUGUGUGUGUUUGUGUGCGUGACAUCCUUUUCCCCUUAAUAAUGUUCUAAUAUCGACCUCUGCCUUUAUCACACAGUAAUACCUAUUACUGUAACUGAUACUUUCGUGCACAGGCAUUAACACAGUCUUGUGGUGAGGAAAAGGGGGGUGAAAAGGGAGCCCUUUUAUUCUCUAUGUAACAAAUACAUUAAGUUCUUUGUUGCUUUAUUUAAGACUGUAGCCAUUAAUGGCAAAUCUUCAUUUUAACAAAACCUACUUUUUGGUUAGUUUUGUGACUUGGGGUGGGGGGUUGUUUUCUUACUCUUUUUUAAUUAUCUCUUAUUCACAGCAGGAGAAGUCUAGUCCGAGCUCCCCCUGUCUCUUUUCUUCUGUAUAUCCAAAUGCAUACAUAGCGCCUCUAUUCAGAAAGGCACAGUCUCUGGAAAAUAGAAGCUCCUACAGGGCCUUACAGAUUGCAGUGUUAUCACUGGCUCUAUGGGGAUAGUUCUUCCUAAACUUGCAGUACAGGGGGAUAAUCCGUAUGAGCUGCAUCCUCCUUUUCCUCAUUCCAUUUCUGUUGCCUGUGUGUCUCUAAGCAUCAGUGACAUUGGUCUAUUGAUGUGUCUAUGUUGAAGGAUUUUCUUUUGCAGUUUGGGGUUUUAAACUUCUCCCAUGCACACCACCAAGCUUGCCUUAUUGCAGCUAUGGGUAACUUGCAGUCCUGCAGAUGUUGUAGAACUACAACAGCACCCUGCACUCACUUCCCACCUGGUGGAGUUUGCUGGGAAUUGUAAUUUAACACCAUCUGAAGGGCUUCAGACUGUCCAGUGCUGCCUUUAUAGUGUUUCUGUUACUAUAGUUUAUCUUUAUAUGCCAGACAAUUCAGUAGCCUUAAAGAAAUAAGCUCUUUCACCCUUGGAACCAAUAGUUUCCUGCUGGUGACCUGUUUUUUUUCCUUUUGUGUGUUUUUCCUAUAUUUUAAGUGUUGUUUUUUUUUUUUUUUUCAAAUGUCUUGGUCACACCCAGGCAUUUUUUGUAUAUUUUAUGUACAAAUCACAAAGUUGAAUAUUGACUAUUUUUAAGACAAAAGUCUGUUAAAACUUUUUUUAUUGUAAAGAAUAUUUAUUAUGUGAAUCUAUUAUUUUAUGAUAUUUAUUACAAAGGACAGUUAAAAAUGUUACUCGUCUGAAUAUAGCAAAGUAUCAAUACUUACUGAGAAAUAAGGGGUGACACAGAAGAGUACGUAUGUUAACUAUAAUGCAGAAAAAAUAUAAUAAUUAAUAAGUACGUGUCUGUUAUUUCUUUAUUUUGUCAGAAGUCAAUAUCCACACCAAUAUGGCCUGUUCCACUCUGUAGCAUAUAUUUCAGAAUGAUUUUUUUUAAUUUAAUUAAAAUGUAUUUUAACGAUAAACAAA